AGGCAGCACGGCGGGCUCGGGAUGAACAGCAGCGGCGGCUUCGGUUUGGGCUUGGGCUUCGGCCUCACUCCUACGGCGGUGAUUCAGGUGACGAAUCUGUCCUCGGCGGUGACCAGCGAGCAGAUGCGGACGCUUUUUUCCUUCCUAGGAGAAAUCGAGGAGCUGAGACUCUACCCCCCGGACAACGCACCUCUUGCUUUUUCCUCCAAAGUAUGUUAUGUUAAGUUUCGUGAUCCAUCAAGUGUUGGUGUGGCCCAGCAUCUAACUAACACGGUUUUUAUUGACAGAGCUCUGAUAGUUGUUCCUUGUGCAGAAGGUAAAAUCCCAGAGGAAUCCAAAGCCCUUUCUUUACUGGCUCCUGCUCCAACCAUGACAAGUCUGAUGCCUGGUGCAGGGUUGCUUCCCAUACCAACCCCAAAUCCCUUGACUACGCUUGGUGUUUCACUAAGCAGUUUGGGAGCUAUACCAGCAGCAGCACUAGACCCCAACAUUGCAACACUUGGAGAGAUACCACAGCCACCACUUAUGGGAAAUGUGGAUCCUUCUAAAAUUGAUGAAAUUAGGAGAACAGUCUAUGUUGGAAAUUUGAAUUCUCAGACGACGACAGCUGAUCAGCUACUUGAAUUUUUUAAACAAGUUGGAGAAGUGAAGUUUGUACGGAUGGCAGGUGAUGAGACUCAGCCAACUCGAUUUGCUUUUGUGGAAUUUGCAGACCAAAAUUCUGUACCAAGGGCCCUUGCUUUUAAUGGAGUUAUGUUUGGAGACAGGCCACUGAAAAUAAAUCACUCCAACAAUGCAAUAGUAAAACCCCCUGAGAUGACACCUCAGGCUGCAGCUAAGGAGUUAGAAGAAGUUAUGAAGCGAGUGCGAGAGGCUCAGUCAUUUAUCUCGGCAGCUAUUGAACCAGAGUCUGGAAAGAGCAAUGAAAGAAAAGGCGGUCGAUCUCGUUCCCACAGUCGUUCAAAAUCCAGGUCUAGUUCAAAAUCCCAUUCUAGAAGGAAAAGAUCACAAUCCAAACACAGGAGUAGAUCCCAUAAUAGAUCACGUUCAAGACAGAAAGAUAGACGUAGAUCUAAGAGUCCACACAAAAAACGCUCUAAAUCGAGGGAGAGACGGAAGUCAAGGAGUCGUUCGCGUUCACGGGACAAGAGAAAAGACACUCGAGAAAAGAUCAAGGAAAAGGAAAGAGUGAAAGAAAAAGAUAGAGAAAAGGAAAGGGAAAAAGAGAGAGAGAGGGACAAGGAACGUGAAAAAGAAAAGGAACGGGGUAAAAACAAAGAUAAAGACCGUGAUAAAGAACGUGAAAAGGAUCGGGAAAAAGACAAGGAAAAGGACAGAGAGAGAGAGCGGGAAAAAGAGCAUGAAAAGGAGCGAGACAAAGAGAAGGAAAAAGAACAGGACAAAGAAAAGGACAGAUCCAAAGAGAUAGAUGAGAAAAGAAAGAAGGAUAAAAAAUCCAGAACACCACCCAGAAGUUAUAAUGCAUCAAGAAGAUCUCGUAGUUCCAGCAGGGAAAGGCGGAGGAGGAGAAGCAGGAGUUCUUCCAGAUCGCCAAGAACAUCAAAAACCAUAAAAAGGAAAUCAUCUAGGUCUCCAUCCCCUAGGAGCAGAAAUAAGAAAGAUAAAAAGAGAGAAAAAGACAAGGACCACGUCAGUGAAAGAAGAGAGAGAGAACAUUCAACCUCUACGAGAAAGAGUUCUAAUGACAGAGAUGUAAAGGAGAAGUUGGAGAAGAACACUACAUCACUUAAAGAAAAAGAGCACAAUAAAGAACCAGAUUCAAGCGUGGGCAAAGAAGCAGAUGACAAGGAUGCCGCAAGGACUGAGGAAAACAAAGUACAGCAGAAUGGCAAUUGUCAGCCAAAUGAAGAAAAUCUCUCUGCUAAAACAGAAGCAGUAUAGGACUGAGAAAUACACCUCUACACUCAACGCUGGAAUAAAAUCCAAAGCUUUUAAUUCUCUCAACAAGAUGCAAACAGUGAAGAAAGUCGGUUGAACAUACAGAUGUGAGCUAACAGCUUUUUCAGUUAGAUGACUUUGUGGCCAUCUUGUUACUGAGUAAGAAAAUAAAGUAUGGACAACAUGAAAAUAACAGAUGUUACCCAAACUCAUCUUCUAAAAUCUGUGCAUUUCCAUGGUGGUUGACACACUUGUCAUGUGGUUUGUUAUUGUUUGCCAAGAACCAUUGCAAAUAAACGGACCAUCAAAUGUCCAAAUUUGUACUAUCCAUAAAGACUGGAGAUAAGCAUUGGAGGCUCUUUCCCAAAAAGAAAAAAAAAAAGCUAGUUACUGAAUUUUGUAUUUUACUUUUUUAACAAUUUCAUUAUAUACAGUUUAAUGAUGUGCUUGAAAUUGGUGCAAAUAUAUACACACCUUGUAAGUACAAAGUAUGUAAGAAGUUUAACAUUUACUUCACAAGAUUUACAGUGAUUGUGUUAAAUUCUCGUUAUUGUGUUUCUUUUUGCUCAUUGUUCAGGACAGCAAUUUUUCUUUAAAAUAGUUUCACAGAUUAAAAUUGUUCAAAUAUGUGGAUUAGAAAACAGCUGACAAUGCAUGCUACUUUUCUGUUGCAGAAGGAAGAACAACUGUGUUGAAUACUAAUAACGAUGUAUUAGUGUUCAGUGUUUAGAAUCAGUGAGUCUCCUCAUAAAGUGAGCAUUUCUUUCUGAACUUCCUUGACAUUUCCAAGCUUAUGAAUAAUAUUGCAGUGUGUCUUGUCAACUGUAGGUGGCAAAGGUGCCCUAAUAAAAAGGAAACUGGGUUUUCAAAGUGGGCUGUGGGAGCACAAGCUGAAGCUUUAGUGCCUUCUAAAAUGUGGUAUACUGUUUUCUAGAAUUUUAUAUGUGCUAGUCAUGCUCAAUUCAUGUGGAACCUAGAUGGAUAUUCCAUUCAUACCAUAGAGAAGUGUGCAACUGAUACGACAGAAGAGCUUCUUACUUAGCUUGCCUAAUAUGAUGAGAGAAGUCUUGUUUUCAAGAAUGACUUUAGAGCUUGAAACAAAAAUGAAGUUUUGGGACCAUCAGUUUUAUACUGUGAUAGUUGAAAAUGAAGCAUGUUCUUAUUUUACUUAAAGGAAACCCUUUAGUUAUCUACAUUGGAUGGCCUUAAUUAUUACCUCUCAAUCAUUUUCUCAUAAAUGAUGGGUAGAAAUUAUACCUAAAGGAGGACUGGGAGUAUAUGUGAGGUUACUUGUUAAAGGAUAUGUUUACUUAAGUUUAAAAUGUAGGUCAUCCAUCCUUCUUAGGCUUACUUUUUGCAGAAAAUAUGUAAGUAGUAACAUGACAACAUUGCUAUUGUUUUUCCUCAAAACUAUAACUCAUGGUUUCACAACUCUUUUCAUUGUUGUAUUUCAAAAAAAAAAAGUAAUACCUUUUAAUUAGCAUGUUAAUUAAAAAAUCAAGUAUAAUUAAUUAUUUUAAUGCAAUCUAAUACAAUCAAAUUACUCAGUUGCCUUACCUCAUGGGAAUAGUUACUUUUAUAGAUUUAAAAAGCUGAGUACUAUGUUAGUUACUUGGUUUCAACUUGAUUUUUCAUUUAAUGUUAAUAACUUUUGAAAGUGUUUGGUGAAAAACGGAGAGAAUUGUCC